GUUUGACAAUUUGACAGAUUUCAAGUUUCUAAUCUGUCGAAAGCGAUGACAGCUGCAACAAGGUUAAUUUUCCUUUGUUUGUGUACAAUUCCUUAAAAAUUGUUAUAAAUUGUGACUCAUCUAUAAACACAAUCGUGUUACACUGUUCAUAUAUCGUUUUUUAAGAAUAAGGAAUGCGCUAUUAAUUUUAAUUCAACAUGUCAUUGCCAGUAGAAGAAGAUCCUAUCAUAAACGCUGAUAUUAGAGAUGAUGUUACAAGUAGCAGUCGUAAUCUUGUUGAGGUAGAACGAGAGGAGACAACAGGAUGGAUCAAAAGUCGGACAGUGUUAGGAAUCAUGGGCUUCUUAGGUUUCGCCAACGUGUAUGCAAUGCGAGUAAAUCUAUCAGUUGCUAUUGUGGCCAUGGUAAACUCGACAACUGUACAGAACAAUUCAACACUAGAUGUAUGCCUUCCACCAACUCCUAGCAAUACUUCAAUACCAGCAAAACCUGGUGAAUUUAAUUGGGACGCAGGACAACAGAGUAUUAUAUUAGGUUCUUUCUUCUAUGGAUAUGUUUUAACACAGAUACCAGGUGGAAGGAUAGCUGAAAUAUUUGGUGGUAAACUUGUUUAUGGGAUAGGAGUGCUGUUAACGGCAAUAUUUACAAUUUUAAGUCCAAUAGCUGCGAAAGUUGACUUUAAAUUCUUUAUAGUUGUGCGGGUAUUAGAAGGUUUAGGUGAGGGUGUGACAUACCCUGCGAUGCAUGCAAUGCUUGCUAGAUGGAUACCACCAUUGGAACGCUCAAAGUUUGCUGCAUAUGUGUAUGCGGGUUCGAACAUUGGUACAGUAAUAUCUUUACCAAUAUCAGGAUGGCUCUGUACUCUUGAUUAUGGUGGUGGUUGGCCGCUUUGCUUUUAUCUGUUUGGAGGUCUCGGUGUAUUGUGGUUUGUCGCGUGGAUGUUUCUUAUUUACGACACUCCACAGAAACAUCCAAGGAUAUGCGCAAAAGAGGUUGAAUACAUCACUAAUUCUAUAGGAGUACAAGAAGAUAAACCGUCGAUGUCAAUACCAUGGUGCAAGUUCCUGACCUGCCUACCCCUGUGGGCGAUAUUGAUAGCGCAAUGCGGCCAGUCCUGGCUCUUCUACACUCAGCUCACCGAGCUACCGACAUAUAUGAAUAAUAUACUGCAUUUCGAUAUCGUUUCUAAUGCCCGUCUGUCAGCUCUACCAUAUCUGACGUCAUGGAUAGCCGGUAUCAUAAUUAGUAUAUUUGCUGAUUGGCUGCUAUCCAAGGGUUGGAUAUCACGACAGACCAGUAUGAAACUCUGGAAUACAGUUGCGGCGUUUGUGCCAGCAUUCGGUCUGCUGGGUAUAGCGUGGGCGGGCUGCGACCGCACAGCCGUUAUGUUGCUACUCAGUAUCACUUCGGCAUUCGGCGGAGCUGUCUACGCAGGUAACCAGAUGAACCACAUCGACCUGUCCCCGCAGCUGGCGGGCACAAUGUACGGCAUCACGAACGCCGCCAGCAACAUCUGCGGCUUCCUCGCGCCCUACGUCAUCGGACAGAUCAUCAGCUCCGAACAGCAAACACUGGGCCAAUGGCGGGAAGUGUUCUACUUGGCGGCCGCCAUAGAUUUAGGAGCAAAUCUUUUCUACUUAUUCUUCGCAAGCACUGAGGAACAGGACUGGUCUCGGCCGGACAACGACGAUAUGACAGCGUCCGCGCCAGUGGAAAGCAUCAUGUACCCGGAGUCCUAGUGCCGGCGUCGCCCGCCGCGCUGGCCGUUGUGACGUCACACGCGUCACACCGCGCUGACGUCACACCGCACACGUCACACCGCCAACGUCACUACAUCACGCCACACCGUGCUGACGUCACAAUAUCUCGUCACAUUUGUGCGUUCGUUCUGUGAACUCGACGAGUCUCGUGUCAAUUGAACAACUAAAUUAUGUAAAAAAAUGUAUUAUUUGGUCAAAUUUAAUGGCGGCCAUUAUGUGUUUUCUUAUCUGUUUGGUUUUGAAAAUUGUCAAAUAAAGUGAAGUGAUAUUAUGAAUAGGUAUUGAAUUAUCCUAGUUGUCAAAAUUUAUUUCAAAGAUGUUUUGGAAUUGAUCGAAUUUUAUCGUAAAGUUUGUCUAUGGUUAAAGUUUUGGCUUUGAAUUGGAACAAAAUGUAUGUUUAUUAUUCCGUUUCUGAUUUUUGGUCUUUUUAAGUAAGUAUACGAACGUGUAAGAUGUAAACUUCUCUCUAUUUUACUUUUACGCCCUUUUUCCACUGCUGCAGUCGCGAUUCCAUCGCGUACCGUAGUGAAAACGGGGCCUUACAAUUUCUUUUCCACGAAAUAUUAAAUUUAGCUACUAAUUUUGCGGAACUAUUUCGAUUAUGACUAUUAAAAGUAAAAUGAACUUAUUACUAUUACUUGUUUGCUAUUAGUUAGUCAUAAUCGACAUUAUUAAACCUUGUAUGAGUAAGUAUAUAAAAAUAAUCUAUUAUUUUAGGUCCUGUCCCACCACUGGCUAAUAGAUAGUUUAAAAAUUACGUCAUUG